GUGUGCGAAUGUCAAGAGGAGAAAAAGGCACAAACUGAUUUCAUACGUUUUUUUCAACCAUGGAAAUCGAGAAUGGUGCCGCAAGAGGUGUUUUGUUACCUGUACUACCAGGUUCCGAGCCCUUCGACAACAGUAUUCUGCCUCCACUGCAGAACAUGUACAUGUAUGAGGAGUCUAAGCAGUCUUUCAGAUACAACUCUGCUUUCUUGAUAAAGAAUGCCACCCUGCAAGACCGGUAUGAGGCCUUCCGAACUGAAAGGAGAGGCAUGGGAUACUCAGAGGAAGAACUGGAGGAGUCCUAUGGGUUCUUACUGUUUGACGACAAAAAUAAGGCAAAUAAACUGGGAGAAACUGGUGUAAUCCCUGGUCACAGUACAUGCUCAACGCUUGGAGAUCCUUCAAAGGGUGUGUACGUGUCCAAGUACUCCGACUGCCUGGACAUAAACCGCUGGUACCACGGGAAGUCUGGAUACAUCGCCAUCAUCAGACUCACCAAGGGCAGAGUGAAAGACGUGACAGAGAACUACACAGUAAACUACACCUCUCCCUCUAAUGGGUUUGACUGUCAUGUAUCAGAGCAGCUCAGUGCCGUGUCGGCCAACACCAGCUCCUUCCUGGCCUUUGAGAGAACACAGUACUACAUGUAUGAGCUGCCUGGUGGAGGGGCUGAAUCGACAGUCCAGCCUCCUAGCCAUGCCUGCCCAUUCGCUAUAGUGGCUUUUUCCUAUUGGGAUACCAAGACACCUGCAUCAGAGGACCAAGAGAAAAGUGAGGAAGAAAAAACAGUGUUUCACUACUACCCCUGGUGGGGUCAGCUCCAAAUCAGCUCCCAGGUCUACCAUGUGGGUCUGAAGUCCAGCACUGGACCCCUGAUUCCAGCUAAACUUCCAACAGUAAUGGCAGUUGACGGAGCCAUUAAAAUGUCAGAUCUGAGGCAGAAAUUACCGAAGGCUAUAUUUGAAACCUGCUUCAUCGGUGAAGUUUCUCUGGAAGGAAUGGGUUGCAGUCUGUAUGAGCUGGCACCCAGUGAGGCUGAGGACACCUCUCUCUCUCAGCUUACACAGGAGCUCAAGGAGAAAGACCUGGCCCUCGCAAUACAACUGAAUGAUAGUGGUUUCCUUAUACUGUUACAUUCAUCUCACUUCCUCACAUAUGAAGAUGCUGGGUCCAAUAAGCCAGAGGUAUUGCAGGGGAUGUUUGUGUUUCCGGAUUCCAGAGCUAUACAACGAGACACCAAGAUCUGCUCGAAGAAGCCCUCCCUCUCACCAGAGGUCCUCCAGGUGGUGCCUGCACUGAACUACGCAGAGACAGAGGUGGAAAAGUGCCUCCCUGAACAGAGUGGGGAGCUACGUGGUUUACUAGAGCAGCAUAUCCAGAGCUACGCUGCCCUCAUCCACCCUGGGCUUACUAUCAGUCCAUCUAGGGAAGCCAGCAUCUUCCCAGAUCAGUUUGAUGUUCCUGACGCCCUCAAAUAUCUCUACUCCAGCCCAAAGUGGACUGAAAUGGGAUGGAAAUGUCUCAAGUCUUACUUUCACCAGCCGGGCUCCUUCGAGCUCUCUGUAUCCAGGGCCACGGAACUUCUGGCGGCUGGACGAGAGGAGCGAGGGGAUGAGCCAGAUGAUGACGUCUACUACUGUCUGUCAUCUCCAGAAGGCCCCCCCAUGACUCCUGCUAGUCUGGGUGGCCCAGAGGAGGAGCAGUCAGGGGGACAGUCACCAGGAGACACAGCUGACACAGCCACAUACAUAAGUAAUGCACCGGCAGUAUCUACAGAGGACUUUGACAAACCUGGUAUGACCAAGGCAGACAGUAAUGCACCAAAUAAAAGAGUAGAGGAAGAGAAGAACUUGCCUUCAAAGGAGGUGCAAGACAAGGUGCAACAUGUGCAACCCAAGGGGGUGCAGGAGGAAGUGCCCUCUGAUCUUAUCAAGCCUGCGGUCCCAGCAGGGAACUUUGGGAAACCUGUCUUGAAGAAGGCUGACAGUAAUGCACCAGGGACAACUUUGAUUCCAAAAGAGGUGCAGAAGGAGCGUCCCUAUGAUCUUUCCCAGCCUGCUGUGUUGGCAGAUGAUUCUGGGAAGAACAAGGCCGUACCAGGGGUAGGAGUAGAGGAUGAAGGGACACAUUUGAACCAAGAGGAAGUCCAAGUGGAUAGGCAAAAGGAGGUGAAAGAGGAUAUGCUUUCUGAUCUUUCACAGCCUGCAGUCUCUGCAGAAAACUUGAGGAAAGCUGGCCCAGCAGUGUUGGGUAAGGCAGACUGUAAAGCACCAGAGGUGGGAGUAACGAAUGAAGGGACAAACUUGCACCUGAAAGAGGUGCAAAAGGAUAUACCCUCCGGUCUUUCACAGCCUGCAGUCUCUGCAGAAAACUUGAGGAAAGCUGGCCCAGCAGUGUUGGGUAAGGCAGACUGUAAAGCACCAGAGGUGGGAGUAACGAAUGAAGGGACAAACUUGCACCUGAAAGAGGUGCAAAAGGAUAUACCCUCCGGUCUUUCACAGCCUGCAGUCUCUGAAGAGGAAUUGAAGAAACCUGGGCCGGCCCUGGCAACCAAGCCCAACAUUAAAGCAGUAGAGACAGGAGUAGAGGAUAAAGGGGGGGAUUUGCCUAAGGAGGUGCAAGAGGAGUUUCCAUUUGAUCUUUCCCAGCUUGCAGUGUCGGCAAAGGUUUUUGCAAUAGCCGGUAUGACAGUGAUGACCAAGGCCACAGAGGUGACAGAGGUUUCAACCUCACCUGCAUCAGGUGACCUCCCAACAGUGCUAGUCAUCACUGCCACUGAAGGAACUGCAACCGUUGUACCUCAUAAUGAGAACUUUGGCUUGAUCAAUACAGAGUCGAUCACAAAGAACUCCUCCAGUUUGCCACCAGCCAAAGUACAGGAGAGGGGUGGAAGUGCUCUCAAUGGGCAACGUGGCAAGGCCAAUGAGGUCAAUAACUUCUCUACAUCAGAUUGGAGGAAACGGCCAAGGAAACGGCGUAGAUUUAGCGGGUUGGGUAAACGGGUCUUGAGGUCUUCAGCAGCUGACUUUGAAGAGGAAGAAACUGAGAAGGGAUGUUUGGAUUCAAGUAAAGUCUACUCAUUGAAAAAGAGGAAGGAAAUGACAGAUUUAGUUCAACUUAACCCAUGGAAAAAGAAGGAAAGGAUGGAUGUAACCCAGGUUCGUCCAUUGAAAAUGAAGAGGGAACUGAUGAAUUUGACCCUAGAUCCCCCAUUGAAAAAGAAGGAAAGGAUGGCUGUAACCCAGGUUCGUCCAUUGAAAAUGCAGAGGGAACUGAUGAAUUUGACCCUAGAUCCCCCAUUGAAAAAGAAGGAAAGGAUGGAUGUAACCCAGGUUCGUCCAUUGAAAAUGCAGAGGGAACUGAUGAAUUUGACCCUAGAUCCCCCAUUGAAAAAGAAGAAGGAAAGCAAGGAUUCAAUUAACUUUUACCCAUUCAAAAGUAAGGAAAGUAUGGAUCUAAAUCACGACGGCCACCCAUUGAAAAAGAAGACAGAUCGGUGGGACUUGAAGGCGAUCAUCUCCGAAUGCGGUAGAAUCUUUGUCCCUCAUGGUUCAGAAGUUAUCGCCAAGGAUAUAGAAUCUUUGAAAGUUAUGGGGAAAGUGAUAGAUCACAAACAAUGUGCUGAUGAGAUGAUGGUUGAAGCUUGUAUCAAAGUACCCCAACCCAUAGAGACAGGAGAUGAACCUGGCCUAGAGUUGAUAAAGUCAGGUGAAAACAAAGAUUCACACAUAUGGAGUUCAGACAGUAAAGACCAUCCGCCAGAGGUCAAAAUGGCUGAUGUAGACAAGAUGGCCUCUCAGAAACCCUCAGAACUGGUCCAGAACAAAGACAUGGAUUUUCCUUCCUUAGAAAAACACAAAAAGAAUUGUCAAUUUGUUGCAAUAUCCCUCAGUAAACUAAAGACAGUUUUUUCAAGAAGGGGAAAGAGGAAAACACCUCUCAAACCGGUUUCAGAAGAUCAAAUGUUACCAUUGGACAAGAAAAGCAAGGCCGAUGCUGGCAUGGAUAAAAUGGAAAGUGUUCAUUUGAGUAAUUCCUGCAAAGAUACCCCGGACAGAACCAGAGGUGCUGCUGAAGUUGCAAAGGAACAGACAUUUGGCCUAGACCCAAAGUUUGCACUAGCAUUAGGCUUGACUCCUAGGGAGUUGCAUAAUGAUGCACUCAAAUCUCCAGAAAAAAGUGAUAUUCCAUUGAAGAAAGACAUUCAGAGCAGACUGGACCUGGUUACUCCACAAGCCACAUCUGACCAAAUGUCUGAGGCUUUGCCUAGCCCCCCUUCAGCAACAAUAACCUUAACGGGUCGGGGGAGCCCAUUGAAAAUGAAAUGCAAGCCUGCAGACUCCAUAAGGAAAAAAUGGUGGUUGCACUAUCACACACCAGCUUCUUUUGAAAAAGAGAAAGUAGCACAGCCUAUAUCCCCCCAACUACUGACACUAAACCCUGAUGUCAGGCGUGUUGUCAGUAGGGGUAGGCCUCGCACAGUGAAGAAAGAUGCCAGUGAUGCAUCAUGCCCACCAGCAGAUGCUCUGACCCUAUUGGCCGAUUUGGCCCUCAGUACCAGUAACGACAAAGUACUGGACCAACUGGCUCUUCAGCAACAAGAAUGCUGUCCAAGUUUGGUUAUAAGUGACAACAGUGUCAAAGAUGGCAGCUCUCCUCAUGAGUCAGAUGGUGAACCAGAGUCUGUCCUUCAUGCACUGCUGAAGCACCCUUCUGUUGCUAGGCUUAAACUUCCCCCUCAGUCUCCGUCACCCAAGGGGCUGGUGGUGGGGAGUGGGGAGCGGGUUGUGUUAGUCUCACAAGAGCAUUCUUACUCACUGCCGCCAUCCUCCUCUCUACUAUUGGGUUUGUCAGGUUCAACCCUCCAAGUCCCAAUUUCGGAGGGACUUCAGCCGCAUCGCAAGGAUAUGGUCUAUGGUGACGGAACUCAAGCACUACGGACCUUCCUGUGUCAGGAGCAGGACCAGAACAGGAAGGAACUCGGGGAGGAACCCGGGGUGGCUCCAGAAUCCAUGAGCAAAGGAAUUGGGCGCAGGCAGAAGUUCCGUCGGUUACGGCGGUUCAUCGAAAAAGACAGCUCGGUUCAAGUGACAAGGCUGUGGAAGGAAAACUAUGACUUUAAUUCAGACAGCAAGUUUACCAACGACCCUAUGGAUAAAACAGUUAUUAGAGCCCUACAUGGCCCAUGGGAUUUCAACAUUGAGGACACAAACGAACAGGUUCAGCUCAUCAUCCACAUGUGGAUAGGUCUUUUCUACAGCAGGUCCACUGCUAGGUUCUUCCAGGCAGACCCAAGUCUUCUAUGUAUGGAGGAAAAAGAUUCUACAGAAGUGGAUCAUGGAAUGGUACAAGCCCAGGUUACAUCUGAGACCAAGACAAGUUCCCCUGCUUAUAUUGCCCUUUCCAGGCUCCCAGAACCUGAAGUUUUGGACCUUAGUAAUGUGGGUAAAAAAGAAUCACAACCGUUAAGCUUGGAACCUGAGGUAUUGGACCUUUCAGUGAAAACAACAUCGACUGUGUUAGAUUUCACUGUAGACACAAAGGACUCCCCUGAGUCCAAGCAAAGAAUAGAUUUUAAAAAUCUUCCAGUAUACCAAUCAGAAAGUGGACUCCACAAAGAAAUCAUCUCUUUUCACAAACAAAGUACAGGUCUUGAGUUAAAGGUUUACAGAGACCGUGUGGACAGCAUGACGUCAGACAAAGCGAGUGAACUGGAUGAUGAAGAAACUAACAACCAUGAGAAUGACAGCAAUGGUACCCUCCAAAAUGAUGUGUCCCCUAACAGAAGAACUUUGGAAAGUGAUGGAUCGUACAUUCUCUUGUGUGAACAGGCAGCAAGUGUGUACAUUAAUCAAGAAAAGGUCCUGGAGACUCAAAGAAUUGCCCGGGGUUUGGAGGGCAAAGCCAAAAAGGAAAUCCAAAAGGAAGAGAGGAGCCACGAUGGAGUACAUAACAUAGCAAGUCUUAAAACCAUGGAAUCUAAAGAUGUUGAUGAGGCGCAACAAGUUAAAGAUAACGAUUCAGUCAAAACAAUGUCAUGCACAAAGGUGCUGGGGGAUGGUGACGUUACCAAUAUGGCUGACAGAGUUGAGCGUAAUGCAAGUGAACCCAGAGAUGGGUCUUACGUUGCCAUCUGUGAUGGCAGUGAGUCAAAAACGCACAAAGCAUAUCAUAGCGUGAAGGAUUCUGUUGAAGCAGCAAAACCAGAAGCAGUGCAUGUUGGGAAAGACACCACAAACAAGGAAAUCAAUGCACAACCUGCUGGGAAUGAUUCCAUUGGUACGGCACUCAAAGCAAUGCAUGAUGAAAAGAUUCCCAAAGGUGUGUCACGGAAUGAUGGGAACUCCAAAAAUGAGGUGCAAACUGCAUUGCAGGAAGGGAAUGAUACUAGAGAUGAGGCACUACCAGCGGUGAAUUAUGAAAAAGAGUCGGGCGAUAAAGCAGCAGCUGCAGUAUGUGGUGGGAAUAGUUCGGUAGCUGAAACACCAACAGAGUUAUCACAUAAUGAAAAUGGUUCCCAAAAAGAAACACCAUCAGUGGUGCAUAGUGGAAAUGAUUCCAUACUACCUGUGAAACUGUAUAGCAAGCUGUAUAUAGACGAAGAACCCACUGCGGUGAACGAUAGAAAUGCUUCCCCCGGUGAGGUACAACCAAUGGAGCAGGUUGGGGAGGUUUCUAUUGGCACUACUAGAGUACUGCUAGAGAUGCAGGGUGAGAUUAAAUCGAAAGAUGAGGUACCGACCACGAGAGUAUUUCCACUAUGUGGUGAGAACACGCCUUGUGUCGGUGAGUUCGACACGCCCAUUCAGUCCAAGGAUGUUUCAGGGGAGGCUAAAACAACAGUAGUUGAGACUGAUUCCAAUGGGAUUAGGGAUUCUAAAGAUCAGGAACAGGUAUCGAUGCCGGGUCAGAGUAAAUCUGAUAUCGACACACAAGGGCCCCAGCAUUCUCAAGACGAGACGUCAGAAGUACUGACAGGCCAGGUAGAAAUACCACUGAUUGGAGUAGGAAUUCCCAGGGAAGAUAUCGCACACACAGAUGUUCUACAUUCACACAGUCCGACACCAGAGAGAGUGCGUGCUCAGAUAGAAAUACCAUUUAUUGGAGUAGAAUUACCAUUCAUUGGCGUAGAGAAGGAUAGCAAGGAUAUCAUGCACACCGAGGUGCACGACACUCACUUGUGUCAUAGGGAUAAUUUGUUUUCAGGUGAAAUGUUUAGAAAAGCUUCAAAGGGAACUGAAUCUGUCAGUAGAUGCCCAACCCCUAUCGUGGACGAUGGUUACAUCCCGAUUCCUGACAUCGACAGUGGCUGCUUGGUUAUCUGCGAUGCCGAUGGGGUCAGCAAACCCCUCGGCAGAUGCCCAACACCUACACAAGAUGAGCCACCUUUCGUUACAGAAUUGUCUUAUGACCAUCACACACCGGAGACUGUUUUUUUGCCUGAUUCGAAAGACACCAACAGUCCCAACCUCAAUAGUGGUUUUGCUCUUAUUGAAAAUGAAAAGGCUUAUCGUGAACCACAUGAACCAAGUCUUGGUAGCAGCCCUAGCUCUGUAGAGAAUAUGUUGCAUAAAUCCAGCAACAACAAUAGCAAACCAAAUAAUCUGGAAGCCAUUGGUAAUCAGUUCUCUCAAUUAUUGACUGAACCCCGCAAGAAGCCAAUUGCCACUAGCACACCUCUCAACACUCCCUAUACUUCUUCAAAGGAAAAAAACAAUAACAAUCCUUAUUCAAAUAUGCGACUUGCCCCUGCUGAACAAGACCUGUAUGCUCUUUCAAGUCACGAUUCACUGCAUAGGUUCCCUGACUCCUAUCCCAAAACACAUAGCACCCUAACACAGAAAGCAGCAUUCUCUGUGCCAUCAAUCCACCUUGAAGUCCUGUCCAAUGAAACAACAGAAAGAACAUUAACUCGGGACUUGAGUGAAAUCGCUUUGGAAGGAGACACUAACUUGUGUCCUGCCUCAACAGAGAUUAUCAUACAGUCCAUCCGUCAGAGUAUCCCAGGAGUAAGUGGACCUACAGCAGCUUCUCAGAACCUUUCAGGGCACAACUUUACUGAGCCCCAUCCAUACAGCCAACAACUUGCCAUGGCUGUGAAUCUCUCCAAGAGUGAAGGCAGCAGAGGAGAGUACAGCUGGAAAGAAGGACAAACGAAUAUUGACCCUAUGUCUUCAGAUGUUCUCAAAAGCAAACAAACCGCUGCCCCUGUCCACUCAAACACUGAUCCUCACCCGUAUAACACACCAUAUGUCACCGAAAUGAGGAGACAGAUUGCAAGUUUGCAAGAUAAUGUUACGGAUGAAAGUGAGGAGCCUGCCGUAGAGCAAGACAACAUUGAAUCUAGUCUAGAGACAAAUUGGAUAUCAGAUGACCAACACGCUAGUAAUACAUCCCAGUUGAAUAAAACAAAACUUGACUUCAUCAACUCUUUACGCCAGUAUCAGCAAUGGGAUAAAGGGGAAUUUGAUGAUGUUUUGGACUUCAGCAAGCAAGGCACUUCCUCUUCUUCAGUCACCUUCCAGUCUGAAGAAUCAGACAAAAUAUUUACCCGUAUGGAAGAGAACAAACAGGACUGGUUAAAGUAUUGUAGGUCAGAGAGGAGUGGGAACACCUCCAAAAGCCAAAUUGAUUUGGACGAUGAGCACGAGGAAGUUUCCUCAUUUGCAAAGCCAUGCCUAGUUACAGUUUUGGAUCACAAAGGAAACAGAAUCACCUAUGAAAACUAUCCCGUUCUGAAACCUUCAACAAGCAUGCACACACGGACAGUUCCGAACUCAGACAGACAGGGCUCGAGCAGAUUUCUGGACUUCUCCAAGAGGUGGGAUGAUACACAUAACGCUGACGAAUCUGACCUCACUCAGUCGUCUGUGGAUCUGGAGACCCUCAUCUUCUCAGAGAGAAUGAACCAGAUGCUAAAACGUAAAAAGAAGAGUAGCAGCAGCAGGUACAACCGAGCAAGACACCACAGGUCAAAUGUAGAAGAGCGAGCUUCCUCCUGUAGCCCGGCUGUGACAGUGCACUUUUCCAACCUGCAGGAACAGGAAAGCUCGGAAGAACACUGGGAGGGACUACCUUCACUCGCAGGGCAGAAGUUAAAAAUAGAUAUGCCUGAAAGGAAGGGUAUGCCUGAAGAAACAGACAGAGAUAUGCCACAGCAUCUUCAAAAACUCUCCUAUACAAAGGGCAGUGAGAUGACGCACGUCAAAGUUUCAGACCUGGUUGCGGAAAGUUUCGAGGCGUACCAUGCCAUGAUGACUGAGGUCUGUGCAGGCAGAAAGUACCCACACAGAACCGAGAGACUCAAGAGAGAAGAAGCAAAGAGAAACAGUUUGCCAAAGUCUCGAGCCCCAAGCAAAGACAAAGAGUUCUGUGGUCAGAUGAAGAAGGACAUGUAUGACAGCCUGCAUGAUAAUCUGAACUCUGUUGUGAAACAGUCAUGUAAGAACAAGUUCAGGUUCUACAUACUGGUGACAUCAGACGACCCAUUCUUCAACGAGACAAAGGAGCUGUUAGAAGCAGAGGGACACAUAACAGUAGAACAGUCUCAAUUCUGCCUUGGAAAGGAUAGUCCCUCAUCCCCUCUAUACAUUAUCUUGAGGAACGAAGAUAUUGCUGAACACAUUUGUGAGGUCCCUCACUUGCUUGAAUUGAAGAAGUCUCAGAAUGUGUUGUUUGCUGGUAUUGACCGUCCUGAUGACAUUGUGAACCUGACCCACCAAGAACUCUUCAGCAAAGGCGGUUUUGUGGUGUUUGAAGGAGCAGCACUGGACACACUCAGUCUCAGCAACAUUAAGAAAAUGUCUGGUUUCCUGGAGGGGCUGAGUAAAAAGGGGAAGUGGAAAUGGCUCUUGCACUACAAAGACAGCCGGAAACUGAAAGAGAACGCACGGUCUAGUGCUGAGGCACAGGGUAAAAAGAGCUUCAUGGACAUCUGCCAGGAGGCUGGAAUGGUGGAGGUCUUACCCUACCAUGAAUGUGACGUCAUUUCAAGGACACGACCCAACUACCUCCACUGUCUAGUCCGGCUGCAGGUCCAGAAUGUAUCAGCUCGUCUACCUGUAUUUAUAACUGACACAACGGCAGACAAAGCGUUUGCAAAACAUGGGAUAUUCACAAUGAAUAUUAACUCCUUCUUGCUGAUUUCUCAGAGUGACACUUGCACUAUUUCUUAAACUGACAGAAGUCUUCAGUACAUCAAUCAAAUUUGAUUUAAGCCUUUUUUAUACAGAACAAAAAUAUUAAACACAACAUGCAACAAUUUCAAAGAUUUUUCUCAGUUACAGUUCAUGUAAGGAAAUUUGUCAAUUUAAAUAAAUUAGGCCCUAAUCUAUGGAUUGGGCAGGGCCCGGCCCAUGCACUUGGCAGCCAGGCCCACCUACUGGGGAGCCAGGGACAGCCAAUGAGAAUGAGUUUCUCCCCACAAAAAAGGAUUUAUUACAGACAGAAAUUCAGUGUACAUUAUCAACAGCUGUCACAAAGUGAUUUAAAUUAACCUGACCCAGACUCUAAAGAGCAAGCAGAAGAACAGUGGCAAGGGAAACCUUGUAACCUCGAGAAUAACCAGACUCAGAAGGGGAUACUCCAAAAUCUGCUCUUUAGGGGGUCAUUGGGAGUUUGACACACUGAUCUAAAUCAGUGGUGUAAGAUUAAAAUAAUUCUCAGUAAGUUAUGUUUAUAGCAAGGCUUUGUUUAUUGCCGUUUUAGUCUUUUUUUUUGCUACCUUAGUGUAAAUCAUUGCAUUAUUUAGUUACAUUUUGUGUAGAUUUAUUUAUUCUUAAUAAUUUUCUAAAAGGAGGUAGAUUCUGUAUAGAGUAACGAUGACAUCCACUUCAAUGCAGAGCUCUGUGUUAGUGUAUUUAUUUGUAUGUUUGUAAAUACAUGUAUUGCACCUUUGCGAUAAAGAAAUGGACUAAAUGUU